AUGGAUUCUCGAUCUGCUUCAGAAUCGCGGGCGCAGUCCCAAAAUGAGGGUGGUGUCAAUUCUAACCCCUCCGACCAAAAUGCAUCAUCUUCGACAUCCCAGCAACCCAAGGUUCAGCAACCAAAACCACAAGCACUCCCUCAGCGAUCUGGCCCGUCAUCGAUCCUAGUGUCCACACGACAGAAGGGCAAUCCUAUUCUGAACCACAUCAAACUCCUGCCCUGGGAAUAUGCAGACAUACCCGCCGACUAUGUAAUUGGAACGACGACAUGCGCCCUAUUCCUAUCAUUAAAAUACCACCGCCUACAUCCUGAGUACAUUUAUUCACGAGUUCGACUCCUCGCUGGUAAAUACCAGCUGCGCAUUGUCCUAGUAAUGGUCGACAUCCCCAAUCACGAAGACCCACUCAAAGAACUCUCGAAAACAUCCAUAAUAAACAACCUCACACUAUUCCUGUGUUGGUCCGCACCCGAAGCCGCCCACUACCUCGAACUCUUCAAGUCAUCCGAAUACGCACAGCCCACAGCAAUCCGCACUCAACAACCACAAUCCUACAAAGAUUUACUAGUAGAAUUUGUGACAACACCACGAAGUAUCAAUAAAUCAGAUACUGCAAGCUUGAUAUCUACAUUUGGAAGUUUACAGAACGCUGUCAAUGCACAGCCAGAACAGAUCAGUUCUGUUCCUGGGUGGGGCGAGAGGAAAGUCCAACAAUGGUGCAAUGCUGUCAGGGAAGAUUUCAGGGUCCAAUCCACUAAGAGGGCUGGUAUAUCUAAACCUGUGCGGGUGAAAAAACCACUAAAGCCACCAAACCCUAUAACUCGGCCGCGGAAUGCCGAGAUGGACGAAGAUGAGGCGAUUUUACGCGCCGUUAUGGAAGAAAGCCGUAUGACAGCAGCUAUGGAGGCAGCGGCGAAUGAACCUCCUUCUAAGCCUAGUGAGCCGGCUGAGGAGCUGAGUGAUGGUAUUACGGCUGCUCUAGCGAGAUUACGCGAUACGGGCGGAUAA